ACCGACAAGAACCUCAAGCCCAAAACCCCCCGAAAACCAACCCGAUCAAGAACCUCAAGCCGAGCAACAUGAACCCGAGGCUGUACUUCACCACAUUCCCAAACAGAACCAAGUCCCUCCACCACCCGAUUACUUCCAACAACUACUUGAAGGAUUCAACAAAGUUACCAAUGAAGUUGGAAGAUAUCGGGAGGAACAAAGGGCAGGAUUUCAAAGACUUGAGGAGCAACGGGCCGAAGACAACCGAAGGUACGAAGAAGAUCAACGUAGGUUCUAUGGACCUAUGUACUCUUACAUGGCUCAUCAAGGCUCCUUCCACACUAUGGCUCAACCACCCCCACCCCCCUCUUGGUAUGACCCCACUCAAUAGGGUAACUUUGGAGGAUCUAGCUCUGGGGGUGGAGGUUAUGAUGGUGGAGACGACGGAGAUGCUCACAUGGGCGACGGGAGCUUCGGAGGCGGCUUUGGAGGAGGCUUUGGAGGCGGCUACUAUAGCGGCGAAGGUGGGCACUAGGGACAGUGCUUGGACUAAGAAGGGGGAAGACUCCUCAUGGUAUGUAAUUUUAUUUUCUACCCUUUACUAUGCAUGAACUUUCUUUUACUCUUCGUAAACAAAAAAAAAAGAAAUAAAAGAAAAAGGAAAUGCUAGUUAGGUUGAAAACCCAAAAAUGGGCAAUCUAAGCAAAAAUGGCUUAUAAAAAAAUGAGUGAGUUAGGGAGGAUGGAAGAACAAAAAGAGAUGCUAGGAUGAAAACCUGAAAAGGCUCCUAGGGAAAAUGAGAGAUAAGAGAGAAAUAUUUGUUGUGUGCAAGAACUCAUUUGAUCUCUUGGAAGAAAGAGGAGAAGAAAAGAAGAAGAGAAGAAGAAAAAGAGGCAAGAAGAUGGAGCAUAGAAGAUCAUAAAACCCAAGAAAGAAUGUACUUUGUAAACUCAUUUUUAUUUCUUGGUGAUCUUAGUUUCUUUCUUUCUUGAACUCAUGGGAAGAUCUUAAACUGUUUGAAACAUUUUACUUUACUCGAGGCCGAGUAAAGAACUAUGUGUGGGGGAGUUGAUACACAUGUAAUUUCCGUGUGUAUGUUUACGUUUUUAGUUAGUUUUGGUUGUUUAAUAUUUCGGAAAUUACAUACUUUUGGUGUAAUAGUUAUGUUUGUAAUUUAGUUGUAAUUCAUUUAGAUUAGGAUCAUUCUGAGCUUAAACAGGUCCAAGAUCAGUCAAAUGAUCAUUGGUGAAGGAAGGUGCAAGAGUUCAAGACAAAAAGGAGGCAAAAUCCUGAUUUUUGACCUGUACCCGGUCGAGUAUACCAUAUACUCGAUCGGGUACCAACUGUACUUUCAAUCAGAUCAAUCAGGAGACCAAAGGGUGUGCAGGGGAAGAUUUGGCCACGAUCAAUUGUAAUACCCGAUCGGGUACACCUAUAUACCCGAUCGGGUAUACCUUUUAUUUUCACUCCGAAUUCGAUCGAGUAAGCCUCAAAACUGCACUUUUUACACAUACCCGAUCGGGUAUCUAUAUAUACUCGAUCGGGUAUCCGAACUGCACUUUCAAAAAGCCUAUAAAUACACCCCCUUCCCUUCACAAUUAGAUACCAAUUUCCUUUAUACUCUUAAGCUCAGUUUAGAAUAUCAUUUCUUUAUAUUUCCUUCUAGCAUGUUUAGUCUCCAAAUGAGGAACUAAACUUCCAUUUCUUGGUAUUGCUCCUGAAGCUUGUUGAUUAUUAAAGUUGUGAGUUAUUUUCUUAACUUCAUUCCUUGAAUAUUAAUUCUUCCUUUA